UGAUCUCCUCCGCCAUCACACACCACCGCUCACCUCGCCUCAGCCUCACACAUCACAGCCUCGGUCACUCGCAGACAAGAACCCAAGCCUCGCCCUCGGCAUCGCUGAAAUAAUUCAUGGCGUCGCACCACGGCCCCAAGCACGUGGCGCCGAUGGAGGUGUCGGUGGAGGCCGGGAACGGUGGCGCCGCCGAGUGGCUCGACGACGACGGCCGCCCGCGCCGCACGGGCACGGUCUGGACGGCCAGCGCCCACAUCAUCACCGCCGUCAUCGGCUCCGGCGUGCUCUCCCUCGCAUGGGCCAUCGCGCAGCUCGGCUGGGUCGCCGGCCCCGCCGCCAUGCUCCUCUUCGCCUUCGUCACCUACUACACCGCCACGCUGCUCGCCGAGUGCUACCGCACCGGCGAUCCCGACACGGGGAAGCGCAACUACACCUACAUGGACGCCGUGCGCUCCAACCUCGGCGGCGCCAAGGUGGCCUUCUGCGGCAUCAUCCAGUACGCUAACCUCGUCGGCGUCGCCAUCGGCUACACCAUCGCCUCCUCCAUCAGCAUGCAGGCCAUCAGGAGGGCCGGCUGCUUCCACAAGAAUGGGCACGGCGUCCCGUGCAAGAGCUCCAGCAACCCAUACAUGAUCCUCUUCGGUAUCACGCAGAUCCUCUUCUCGCAGAUACCGGACUUCGACCAGAUUUGGUGGCUCUCCAUCGUCGCCGCCGUCAUGUCCUUUACCUACUCGUCCAUCGGGCUCGCCCUCGGCAUCGCGCAGACCGUCUCCAACGGUGGAUUCAAGGGAAGCCUCACCGGCAUCAGCAUCGGCGCCGACGUCACCUCCACGCAGAAGAUCUGGCACAGCCUGCAGGCCUUUGGCGACAUCGCCUUCGCCUACUCCUUCUCCAACAUCCUCAUUGAGAUUCAGGACACGAUCAAGGCGCCGCCGCCGUCGGAGUCGAAGGUGAUGCAGAAGGCGACGCGGCUGAGCGUGGCCACGACCACCAUCUUCUACAUGCUGUGCGGGUGCAUGGGCUACGCCGCGUUCGGAGACAACGCGCCGGACAACCUCCUUACAGGCUUCGGCUUCUACGAGCCCUUCUGGCUCCUCGACGUCGCCAACGUCGCCAUCGUCGUGCACCUCGUCGGCGCAUACCAGGUGUUCUGCCAGCCCAUCUUCGCCUUCGUCGAGCGCCGCGCCGCCGCCGCCUGGCCGGACAGCGCCUUCAUCUCCAAGGAGCUCCGCGUGGGCCCCUUCGCACUUAGCCUCUUCCGCCUGACGUGGCGGUCGGCGUUCGUGUGCGUCACCACCGUCGUCGCGAUGCUCCUCCCCUUCUUCGGCAACGUCGUCGGCUUCCUCGGCGCCGUCUCCUUCUGGCCGCUCACCGUCUACUUCCCAGUCGAGAUGUACAUCAAGCAGCGCCGCGUGCCUCGCAUGAGCACCAAGUGGAUCUGCCUGCAGACGCUCAGCAUCACCUGCCUCCUUGUGUCCAUCGCCGCCGCCGCGGGCUCCAUUGCCGACGUCAUCGCCGCCCUCAAGGUCUACCGCCCGUUCAGCAGUUAACUGUCUCCGGCCGUACGUGCAUGCAGCAUUCAUUGCGUUUAACUUCGGUUAACCGUGGUGUCAGAUGUUUGCAACGUGGCCCUUAUAGAAAUGUGAUAUUAAUUAAGGUGUAAGGAUUAGGCACCCUUGUGCACAGGCUGGCCGCAUUCCUUGGAAAGACAAGGGGUGUGGACAGAAUGGCAGGAGGUGUUUGUUUAUGAUGAGUCAUCUAGCGUAGGGUGUCUGGUGCAAAAGUACCAGUUUUCUUAUUUUUUUACUUUUUUUUUGGUUUUUGUCAUGGUUCUAGUUUCAUAGCUUUUCCUUUUUAUUUUGUUCGCAACCAGUUGUACCGGAUAAAAGUAUAUGAAGGGGGGAAAAACAAUUUACAUAUGAAGCCAUGCCACUCUCUAUUUGUUUGUUA